AUCAUAACAUAACCCCGAUGAUGAUGUUUGUGACAUAACCUUAAAAUCUUUUCACGAUUAAGAAUAAUUUAAUUUUCGACGUCCACGGUCUACAUUAGAGAUUUUUCAUACAUGGAAAUAAUGUUAUGAUUAUUACGCAUGCCGCCAAUACAGGGAGGAACCUAAAAUUUUUAUUUUGUUUAUUUUUUCUUAUCAGUAAUUAACUUUUGUACUUAGAUAGUGAAUUUCAUCACUUUUUUCUUGUUCGAUGUUCCAAAAUGAGGGCUCUCUCAUUUUUUCCCAAAACUUUAAAUUUGAAUAUAAUUAGGCGAACAUUUGCAACACCAGUGCAACAGGUACAACAAGUGCAAGAUGUGGACCUUAGCCAUCUAUGUGAGAAGGAUACAGGAAUCUCUGUGCUCAGUUUGAAUUGCAUACAAAACAGAAACACAAUUACUUCCAGUUUAGUCGAUAAUCUUAAUCGUGUAUUUGAUACCGUUGGUAAAUUGGACACUAAAGUUUUAAUAAUCAAAAGUAAUGUUCCGAAAAUCUUUUGCACUGGAGCAGACUUGAAAGAGAGACUUAAAAUGUCUGAACGAGACGUUGCAAGUUUUGUGAAUUACAUUCGAUCAACCCUUCAUCGACUACACCUACUACCAAUGCCAGUCAUUGCCGCUUUGGAUGGAUCAGCGUUGGGAGGCGGUUUGGAAAUGGCACUCGCGUGCGACAUUCGUGUGGCCGCUAGUAGUAUAAAACUGGGACUGGUUGAAACAAGGCUGGCAAUUAUUCCGGGUGCGGGCGGUUCAGUUCGAUUGCCACGUUUAAUCAAUCCGGCAUUGGCAAAAGAGCUGAUUUACACUGCGAAGGUGUUCGAUGGAUCCGAAGCCAAAGCUAUGGGUGUCGUCAAUCACGUGGUGGAACAGAACGAUGAUGGGAAUGCUGCAUAUUUAAGAUCUUUAGGUAUCGCUCGAGAAAUUUUACCUAACGGACCAAUAGCCUUACGCAUGGCAAAGUUUGCAAUAAACAAAGGUGUCGAAGUAGAUAUCAAUACGGCACUUUCGUUUGAAGAAGCAGCUUAUUCACAAGUUAUACCCACAAGGGACAGAAUUGAGGGACUGCGAGCAUUUGUAGAGAAAAGGCGCCCAAGUUAUACAGGAGAAUAAAAAAUUUGUUUAUAAUGGAAAUGCGUAAUUGUAAUAAACUGUUGGAAAGUGA